UAAGGGGAGAUGAGAGCAGCACAUUGAUACGCUGGAGCUGGAGAGUUGGUUGUGUAAGCUGGAUCUGCAGGGAACUACGGAGGGAUGAUUCACUCCACAGGUGUAUUGGCUCAGACACCUCGUCCCAGCCUAAGCAAAUGAUAAGGCUGCUCCCAGAGAGAGACAAAGGAAGAUAUGCAGGGAUGGCUACCUGGCGGAGAGGGGGGAUCAGGCUAACAAAAUGUUUGGUGCAGUGGUGGUUGGGAUCGGAAUUGCUGGAUCAGUGCGGAUCAGAGACUUGCUGAAUCCAAUGCCUUCCAGUCCUUCUGAGCAUCUGAAGCUGAUUGGCUUUGUAUCCAGAAGAACCCUGGGUAAUGUUAAUGAGGUCAAGCAGAUUAGCCUGCAAGAUGCUCUGGAAAACAAAGAGAUCCAUGCGGCCAUCAUCAGCACUGACAACAAAAGCCAUGAGGAGAAUGUCAGGAUGUUCUUGGAGGCUGGGAAACAUGUCCUUGUUGAGUACCCUAUGGCACUGUCUGCCAGCAGAGCACGGGAGCUCUGUGAGAUGGCUGAGCAGAAAGGUAAAAUCCUCCAUGUGGAGCACAUUGAACUUUUGACAGAAGAGUACAAGCAGCUGAAAAAGGAGGUGGCUGGAAAGGAGCUUGUGAAGGGAACAUUACAUUUCACAGGCGGUGCCUUGGAUGAAGAGCGAUCAGGCUUCCCGUCUUUCUGCGGAAUUGCCCGCUUAACUUGGCUAGUUGACCUCUUUGGAGAUCUCACUGUCACCUCAGCUACCAGAGAGGAACAGAAAGAAAAGAGUUAUUCCAGAAUGACUGCACACUUUCAGACCACGCACAAGAAGCCUCUGACAUGGAUUGAAGAAAGGGGACCAGGGCUGAGACGUGAUAAGAAAAUCAACUUCUGUUUCAAAAGUGGCUGCCUGGAGAACCUCCCUGAGGCCCCAAGAUCUGCUGUGGGUCUCUUCAUGCAAGAUCAGAACCUCUUUGCCAAAAAACUGCUAGGCCAGGUCUCCAGAGAGGAGCUAGCUGCUGAGAAGUGGCGCAUCCUGCGGUGCCUGGACCUCGCCGAGGAGAUUCAGCAGCACUGUGAACGGCCAGCAGAUAUCCACUCCUAAGACCGCCCUUUAUGACAAAGGGAAUGUGGCAGUCGGAGGCUGUGUAGAGCUACAGCUCGAUGUUGCCAUAAAACAGGCAACUGGCAGUUAACCUCUGUGUGAUUGAUUCUUAGCAUUAACAUUUAUGGGGCUUUGCUUGACAACUUGCCUCCCCCAGCAGUGGUUUAUGCUGUGUGAGAUAUUUAACAUGGCAGAGCUGGAUGAUGCACAGGACUGUCCCUAGGCAAAGAGCAUUCAGAUGUGUUGCUCCCAAUGGGAGAUUUGGUCAUUGACUUCAAGGGGAGCAGGCCCAAUGAGACUGUAGAAGUUACCAUUGUGGUUCCUUCUUUUUCAUAUAUGUGAGAGCCAAGGGAUUGAUAUCACUGUCUAGAAUGAGGCAUAGGGCUGCUCUAUUAGGCCUAGUUUACUUCACCAUGAGCCGUCUAUCUAAGUUAUGCAAAUUCAGCUGUGUGAAUAAUAUAACUGAGGUCAGUGUACUUAGAUCUACUUACCAUAGUAAGUUAACAGCUGACUCUCCCGUCAACUCCACCUACGCAUCUCAUUCUGAUGAAGUAACGGAAUCUAUGGGAGAACACUUGGCAGUUGAUUUAUUAUGUCUGUACUAGAUUAAUUACUGCAUGAUAUGCCCUAAGCCAGUCUACCUCCAAAGAUGUUACAGCACGGCAGGCCUGACCUGUAAAACUUCUGAUAUUCCAGUAUUGUCCCUUUCCUAAAUAGUUGCUAUGAACUAUUUUGUGUAUUGGCUGUGGACCAGAUUC